AGUUUGCCUGGCAAUAUGUUGAAUGUUGAGAGUAAAGGAGGCUGCUGCUCAAAAGUUAUUAUUGUUUUUAUUAUGGAUAUUGUCCUGUAUGACUCAUACAAUGUUAAAAUUUAAAGUAUGUGGCAGAAGUAUGUGUGCCUAAAUUAAGAUCACUUAUGUUUGGUUAUAGUCUCUAAAUAUGUGUAUCUAUUUGUAUACAUUGAAUGUAUUUUAUAAUCAAGAGAGACAAAUACAGCGUGCACAGCUAUUCAUGAAUCAGACUGUUUGCUGAACAGAGAACUAGAAUUAACGGUAAGGGAGUGCAUGUGACAAUUUUCUUUCCUGAGCCACUCAGUAAUGUACCUGUGCUCCUGUACCCCGUACCGGGUGGCACUUUGCCUCCUUGGGAAGUGCUUUGCUGAGCAGCUUGAGGAGCUGGCUACUCCCCUUCCUGCCCUAGUGUCAGUCCCAGCAGUAUAAAAGGGCCUCUUGGGGUGGUCUGUGCUGGGUGUAGCUGAUACGGCAGCAGGAAGAGGGCUUGUUCUGGGCACUGCUACUAGAAAAACUGGGUUAGAGUGUAGCUACCACCAAGCCUAAGCUAUAUAAAAAUGCGUGAAAUCGUGCAUCUUCAGAUUGGCCAGUGUGGGAACCAAAUCGGAGCUAAGUUCUGGGAGGUGAUAAGUGAUGAACACGGGAUUGACAUCGCUGGAAACUACCAUGGGGAUGCAUCACUGCAGCUUGAGCGAAUUAAUGUGUACUUCAAUGAAGCUUACUCCCAUAAAUUCGUGCCCCGCUCUAUCUUGGUGGACCUGGAACCUGGUACGAUGGACAGUGUACGGUCUAGUAAAAUAGGCCCACUCUUUCGACCUGACAAUUUUAUUCAUGGUAACUCAGGUGCUGGAAACAACUGGGCUAAAGGCCAUUACACAGAAGGCGCGGAACUGAUUGAAAACGUCAUGGAUGUGGUCAGGAAUGAAUGUGAGAGCUGUGACUGCCUUCAAGGGUUCCAGCUCAUCCAUUCGCUUGGUGGUGGUACAGGCUCAGGUAUGGGCACGCUCCUCAUCAACAAAAUCAGAGAAGAAUAUCCCGACAGGAUUAUGAACACUUUCAGUGUUGUGCCUUCUCCUAAGGUAUCCGACACAGUCGUAGAGCCGUAUAAUGCCAUCCUCUCCAUCCAUCAACUAAUAGAGAAUACAGAUGAAACCUUCUGCAUUGACAAUGAGGCUCUAUAUGAUAUAUGUUUUAGAACUUUAAAGCUCACCAAUCCCACCUAUGGUGACCUCAAUCACUUAGUGUCUCUAACAAUGAGUGGUGUCACAACCUCACUCCGUUUUCCUGGUCAACUGAAUGCAGAUCUGAGGAAGCUGGCUGUUAACAUGGUGCCCUUUCCCCGCCUGCAUUUCUUUAUGCCUGGCUUUGCUCCACUGACAGCUCGAGGUAGCCAACAGUACAGAGCCCUCUCAGUGCCAGAGCUUACUCAACAAAUGUUUGAUGCACGCAACAUGAUGGCAGCCUGCGACCCUCGUCGUGGACGUUACUUGACUGUGGCAUGCAUCUUCAGAGGCCGAAUGUCUACCAGAGAGGUGGAUGAACAGUUGCUGGCUGUUCAGACCAAGAAUAGUUCUUACUUUGUAGAGUGGAUUCCUAAUAAUGUCAAAGUGGCCGUGUGCGACAUACCACCACGAGGACUGAAGAUGGCUGCUACCUUCAUUGGCAAUAACACAGCCAUUCAGGAACUCUUCAUCAGGGUUUCGGAACAGUUCUCGGCUAUGUUCAGAAGAAAAGCAUUUCUCCAUUGGUAUACUGGGGAAGGUAUGGAUGAGAUGGAGUUUUCUGAAGCAGAAGGCAACACCAAUGACCUUGUGUCCGAGUACCAGCAGUACCAGGAUGCCACUGCAGAUGUUGAGGAAUUUGAAGAGGUAGAAGUGGAGGCCAGCCCAGAAAAGGAAGCAGCGUAAAACCAAUGGCAAUACCAAAAUACUCUCCAAAUGAACCUGUUGAUGCUCACUAAAGAAAAAGCAGUAGCCAUCAUCCACAUAGCCAAAAAUAACCUCACCAUUUUUUUUCUCUGCAUCCAAUAUUACAAUGCUUUUGAGAUUAAUGGCAGCUAUGCUUUACUCUCCUAAGCAACUGCUGACACUCAAUCUCUCUCAAAAAACCAGCCACUAUGAAGACAAGCUGUCUCACAACAGCCUUUCUCGUAAAUGUAUUCACUUUUACAAUAUUAUUGCCAGACACUGAAUGUAACAUACAGCCUGUGUGUGUAUAUAUCAAGAUCAUAAGCAACAGCAGAAUAUGCUAUCAACUCAUAUUUAUUUUCAGGUAAACAGUCUGUGUGUUAUUUGUGAACUUGUCCCUGUUUAAGGAAUCUGUAAGGCCUAUAGAGGCAGCAUCGAUUUUAUUACACAGUCUAUAGAUAUGGAUCUGAGACAAGUUCAGGUCCUUAAAACUGCAGGGGAAGGGAAACAUGGGGCAAAAAAUGCACAUUCUUACCUUUUUUUAAAUACUUUAGUAGUUGUAUCACAUCACUGGCUUAUAUUAUUGCAGAGCUUGUUUUCGUGACUGCUUGGUUUGUUUCUAUUUCAAACUAUAGACUGAGUUACAUUAGCAUGCAAAGUUGUGAGUACUGUCUAAAAGUAUUUUUCCCCCAGGUACUAACUAUUGUACAUUUUCUUCCUGUUGUUCAGUACAAAAUGGAUGGAAUGGUUUGCAGCUAGUUAGAUAAUCGCUAAAUCAGAAAUAUAUCUUGACUUCAAGAAAAGAAGUCUCCUGUCAUUCCAUCUAUCUACUUAAGAUUGUAUUUAUAAUAUUCUUUAAAAUAAAAAGUAUAUACCAUUCUAUCAAAUACUUCAAUACUUGAAACAUUUGAUAGACAAAAAUAAUAAAUGGAAGAUGAACACCAUGAUAACAGAGAAUUUUAAAGCCAGCAGCACACCACUUCCAGCAGAGGGAACUGUCAGAGGGAUUUUUAAUUAUGAAAAUUAUACACCUGUAGUCCUGGUUGACAUCGGUUUUAGUGAAGGAAAUUUUUUUCUGAAGUCAUCAAUAAUCAUUGAAAUGAAGUAGGCAGAAACAUUUUAAGAAACAAUUAAAUCUCUCACUCUUUGAUGGACCUGAAAUAUCAGCAUGAAAUCCAACAAG